GUCUACCGCACAUCCGAAGGACUGGAGACGCGAUUCAACAGCGUUGACCUCACGGCAGGCGUACUCCCGAACGACGUCGUAUCGGCCUCUCAGAACACUAACAAUCAAACAAAGAACGCCCCAUCUCUCCCUCUCUCGUUCUCGGCAUUGUCAAGAGCUGCAAAAGAAGCAAAGAAGGAAACGAAUUCUCUCCAAGUUCAUCUCGACAGGACGAAGGCCCACUCGCGGACGAGAAGAAAGAAAAACUGUCAUCAGAUCGCAGAUCCAUAGAUAAAUCGAAAGUUGAGAGUUGAUCUUUGUCGGAUGUUGAAUGUUGGUUGAUGCUGUUUCAUGUUGUACAGAGGGAUUGCUGUUGAGUAGCUUCAUGGUUCAUUUCCAUUGAAUCAUCGUGGACUUAUAUAUAUAUGAUUGGAUAACGUGAGAAAGGGAAAUUGGAAACUUAUCUUGAUCUUGUCAACAAUGGAGAGUUUAGCGCAGCUUGAGGCUCUAUGUGAGAGGCUCUACAAUUCACAGGAUUCAGUCGAACGAGCUCAUGCAGAGAACACCCUGAAAUGCUUUUCCAUGAACACUGAUUACAUUUCACAAUGCCAAUACAUUUUGGACAAUGCUUUGACUCCUUAUGCAUUGAUGCUGGCUAGUUCGAGUUUGUUGAAGCAAGUGACUGAGCAUAGCCUCGCUUUACAGCUUCGGCUUGAUAUUCGAAGCUAUCUUAUAAACUACCUGGCCAGCAGAGGACCUGAAUUGCAGCCUUUUGUUGUUGGAUCCCUGAUUCAACUUUUAUGUCGAGUUACAAAGUUUGGAUGGUUUGACGAUGACAGAUUUAGAGAUGUUGUUAAAGAGUCGAUGAACUUCUUGACCCAGGCAUCAUCGGAUCACUAUGCCAUUGGUUUGAAAAUUUUGAAUCAGCUUGUGUCUGAGAUGAAUCAGCCGAAUCCUGGAUUGCCUUCAACGCUUCAUCGAAGAGUAGCCUGCUCCUUUAGGGAUCAAUCCCUUUUCCAAAUAUUCCAAAUAUCGUUAACAUCCUUGCGUCAACUGAAAAAUGACGUUGUGAGCCGGCUGCAGGAGUUGGCACUCUCUCUUUCUCUUAAAUGUCUGUCUUUUGAUUUUGUUGGGACAUCAAUUGAUGAAAGUUCGGAAGAGUUUGGUACUGUUCAGAUUCCAUCUUCUUGGAGGCCAGUUUUAGAGGAUCCUGCUACAUUACAGAUAUUUUUCGAUUACUAUGCAAUCACAAAGUCUCCUCUCUCAAAGGAGGCAUUGGAGUGCUUGGUUCGAUUGGCUUCUGUAAGACGUUCCUUGUUUACAAACGACGCUGCCCGUUCUAAGUUUUUGGCCCAUCUAAUGACAGGAACCAAAGAAGUUCUUAAAACAGGGCAAGGUCUUGCUGAUCAUGAUAAUUACCAUGAGUAUUGUCGCCUUCUUGGUCGUUUUAGAGUAAACUAUCAGUUAUCAGAGCUUGUGCAUGUGGAAGGAUAUGGUGAUUGGAUACGCUUGGUAGCUGAGUUUACAUCGAAAUCUUUACAGUCCUGGCAGUGGGCUAGCAGCAGUGUAUACUACCUGUUAGGGCUGUGGUCCAGAUUGGUGUCAUCUGUACAAUUUUUGAAGGGUGAUGCACCAAGCUUGCUGGAUGAGUUUGUGCCCAAGAUCACUGAGGGAUUUAUCACAUCAAGAUUUGAUUCUGUGCAGGCUGGGGGUUCAGAUGAUCCUUCUGAAAAUCCAUUAGACAACGUUGAACUUCUUCAGGAUCAGCUAGAUUGCUUUCCUUCCCUUUGCAGAUUCCAGUAUGAAGGCAGUAGUUUGUUUAUUAUAAACAUAAUGGAGCCUAUUCUGCAAGCAUACACGGAAAGAGCACAAUUGCAGUCCAGUGAUAAAAGUGAGCUCUCAGUCAUUGAAGCCAAACUUACUUGGAUUGUCCAUAUAAUUGCUGCGAUUCUUAAAAUAAAGCAGUGUAGUGCUUACAGUGCAGAGUCACAAGAAGUAAUCGAUGCAGAGCUUUCAGCUCGUGUUUUACAGUUGAUAAAUAUUACUGACAGUGGACUGCACAGCCAGCAGAGAUAUGGUGAAUUAAGCAAGCAACGACUCGAUCGUGCAAUUCUAAUUUUCUUUCAGCAUUUUCGGAAAUCUUAUGUUGGUGAUCAGGCCAUGCAUUCUUCUAAGCAGUUGUAUGCCCGGUUGUCUGAGCUCCUUGGACUAAAUGAUCAUCUAUUAUUACUGAAUGUAAUUGUUGGCAAGAUUGCUACAAACUUAAAGUGCUACACAGAGUGUGAGGAGGUUAUUGAUCACACAUUAAGUCUAUUUUUUGAGCUGGCAUCUGGAUACAUGACUGGAAAGCUGCUUAUGAAGUUGGACACUGUCAAAUUCAUAGUUGCACAUCAUACUAGGGAGCACUUUCCAUUUUUAGAAGAAUAUAGAUGUUCUCGCAGCAGAACAACCUUUUAUUACACUAUAGGCUGGUUGAUUUUUAUGGAGGACAGCGCUGUGAUAUUCAAAUCUUCAAUGGAUCCACUUUUACAAGUUUUCAUCAGUUUGGAAUCAACACCUGAUACAAUGUUCCGUACUGAUUCUGUUAAGUAUGCAUUAAUUGGAUUGAUGAGGGAUCUGAGAGGAAUUGCUAUGGCCACAAAUAGCCGCAGAACAUAUGGGCUUCUAUUUGAUUGGUUAUAUCCUGCACACAUGCCACUUCUCUUGAGAGGCGUGUCGCAUUGGACUGAUACACCAGAAGUUACCACCCCGCUGCUGAAAUUUAUGGCCGAGUUUGUGCAGAACAAAGCUCAACGUUUGACUUUCGACUCAUCUUCACCUAAUGGGAUACUUCUCUUUCGAGAAGUCAGCAAAUUGAUCGUUGCUUAUGGAUCCAGGAUUUUAUCACUUCCAAAUGCUGCUGAUAUUUAUGCCUUCAAAUACAAAGGAAUAUGGAUUUCCUUGACUGUUCUUUCAAAAGCCCUGUCUGGAAAUUAUGUCAACUUUGGUGUGUUUGAACUAUAUGGUGAUAGAGCACUUGCUGAUGCACUUGACAUUGCUCUAAAGAUGACGCUAUCUAUUCCUUUGGCUGAUUUGUUGGCUUAUCGGAAGCUAACCAGGGCCUAUUUUGCAUUCUUGGAGGUUCUAUUCAACAGCCAUAUCAUUUUUAUAUUGAAUCUGGAUACCAACACCUUUAUGCAUAUAGUUGGAUCUCUUGAAUCUGGUCUUAAAGGCUUGGAUACAAAUAUCUCAUCCCAGUGUGCAUCUGCUGUCGAUAGUUUGGCAUCCUUUUAUUUCAACAACAUUACUUUGGGGGAGGCACCAACUUCACCAGCUGCUAUUAAUCUAGCUCGACACAUUGUGGACUGCCCCAAUUUGUUUCCAGAAAUUCUGAAAACUCUUUUUGAGAUUGUAUUGUUUGAGGACUGUGGCAAUCAGUGGAGUCUUAGUAGACCAAUGCUUAGCUUAAUACUCAUCAACGAACAGAUAUUCACUGAUCUGAAAGCUCAUAUUUUAGCUUCACAGCCAGUGGAUCAACACCAGCGAUUGGCCCUUUGUUUUGACAAACUUAUGGCAGAUGUUACUCGAAGCUUGGAUUCAAAGAACAGGGAUAAGUUCACACAGAACCUGACCAUAUUUAGGCAUGAAUUCCGUGUGAAAUAGCUCAUCCUUUCUGAUGCAGCAGCCGAACUUCUUGGGGAAUGCAAUGUAUCUGCAAAGGAUGUUCAUAUUACAUACGUCCUUUCGUGUUGUAUACAGGAAUUUAUUUUCUUUGAGAGAGAGGAUCAUGAAGUGCAUUUUUUGCAUUGCAGUGACUGAUUUUGUUGUGUCGGCUGAAGAGAAGCAGGUUCAAGUGGGUUUUUGGGGGGGGAGAGGGAAAUCCUGUAUGAAGUCUUUUGUACUGAUGUUGAGACUGUCCUAGUGUUCAGAAGCAUAGAUUGCUAUACAGGUAUAAUCGAGAGGAUGUAAAGGGCUUGCGGAAACUAAUGGCUUGCUUGGAAAUAGUCAGUGGUUGUUCAGGAGUCUAAUUCUUUUUAAAACAAAGUAUGUAAAUCGUCUCUCUGUCAGAUCUGGUUUUGGUGGAAAAUCAGGUUACCAAAUUUCCUGUACAUUAAUAACCUAGUGUAUUCUUUUGUAUUUGUUGAUAGCAGAAAAUGAAAAAAGAAAAGAAAAAACAUAUACUGAAUUGUGCUUAUUCUUUUUUGACUCCCCGAUAGGUUGAAAUUUUUCCCUUCUUUGGGAACAUGAUUGGUUGAGAAUUGAAGUUGGAGAAUUGUUGGUUGGGAUUUCUCAGAAUUCAGCUUCUAUGCAGAAAGCAUGGGCCUGUCAUUUUUUGCAGGCAAGACAGUGAGGCUAAUCUGCGUCGAAACAUGUUAAGGGUGCCCUUUGUUUUUUCCUGCUGCAGCACACAUAUAUCAUGUACAAACCUUGUGGUUGAUCUUAAAUGCUUAUCUUUUCCUAUCAAAAAUAUCAACCGUGUUUGGGAACUUGAAGUUCAGAUUUUGGAUUUGAAUAAAAAGUAAUAAAAAAUUUAUUGAGUCUCAUUUAUAUUCAAA